CACGUCUCCGGGCAUUCCCUUUCUUUCCUUCUCUCCGCGGUCCUUGUCGUCGCGAUGGCACAGGCAGGCGACCCAGAAUGGAACGAAGAAGAAGCGCAAAAGAGAGACGUAAGAGCUAUUACUACUCAAGCAGUUCGAGAGAAGAGGAGGGAGAUCAUCAGGCAAAUCAGAAAGAUCCAGCCACAGGCGGGGAAGAACCUGAAGGACGUGGAGGUCCCCCAGUCCCUCUUUCAGCUGGCGAGGGACAUCGUCCGCGACCCAGAAGCAAGUCUCAGGUUCAACAAAGUGGCCGUGUACGAGCUACUGCUGGGGGACCUCAACAGACGGAGACGAGAAUCGGCCAACUCUGGCGGCGUGACGCUAGACAAGGCCGUGCCUGUGUUGGAUGGAUGGAAGCUGGCGAGCAUCUCUCUCUUCCGUUACGCUCUCAACCUCGUCCUGGCUCCUAACAGAGCCGAGUUCAAGAAGAUGAAAUUGUCGACUUCCUUCUACGUGUACAACAUCUCCCGUCACCUCCACCACGCAGAGGAGGCGUUCAAAGCCAUGGGCUACAGGGCGACUGAUAAGAAGGAGAAGAAAGAGACCCAGGAUCUGGUCUACGAUGGAGAUGUGAAACUUCCACCGGUCCUGGAGACUGCCACCGACCUGCUUGUGAUGCAUGAGGAGGUCGUUCACCUCCAGGAGGCUGUAGCAAUGCUGCUAAACUGUGGGAGAAGGGAGGUUCCACUUGAGAACGUUGUCGGAAAAAGACGUCUAGAGUUUGUUAGAGCUCAGCAGGGAAGUGGGAUUGCCCCAUCUGGCUCUCCUAAUCUCCACCCAACUCCAGCACAUUUAUGCCAACCUUCUUCCCCAUACUGUAGUAACCCUCCACUGCCUACACGUGUCCCCCCUCCUAAACUUGUCAGUGGUGGUGUUGGUCAAAAUGCACCAGUCAGCACUGGACCAGCCUUCCCAAGCAACGUGGUGCACGGCCAUGAAUGGAUGCACCAGCAGGCAGGACAGAAGAGGACUGACCAUGACUAUGCAAAUAUGAGUAGAAUGGAUGGAAAUAUCGUGGUGACAGAUGCAGCUGCUAGCUCAAACAAUCCACCGGCUAAAGGAUACAUUAACUUCCAAGUAGGUGAGGUAGGGAGCCGUGCUCCUCAAAUGGUGCCAACUUUCAGGCCACAAGUACCAGCAACUACGUCACGUCCGAUGGAAGGUGCUCAGGAAGGCAUCUACUAUCAAAAUCAGCAGCAGUCACCUCAUAAUCCAGGCUACCCACACCAUACUAUGAACACAACGUACAGUCAUCAGUACCAAAAUCAGACCCCC